AAAACGCAGACGGCGAAAUGAGAUGCGGAGACAGUGUUUUCGAAAUGUUGAGAGUGAACACAUGUGUGGCCAAGUUCUCGCCACAGCAUGCUUCUAUCCCAUGAUCUAUGAUGCUUUUCUGACAUCUUUAUCCACGCCGGCAUCACUCAUCCACGAUCUUUAGAAGCAUUCAUACCCGGGGGACGAGACCGUUGACGAUCGCAAGACCAGAAGAUGGACCUUGAGACCAGCGCCGAUUUGAUCUCCUUGGAAGAUUCUCUGCCCAGCAAUGCGUACACAGCAACAAGCGACUGUGAUCAAUCCAUCUCGGAUGAUCCAGAUGCAGACGAGUAUGCGCGAUACCACGGCCUGACCGUUGACAGCUUGAAGUUGGAUCCAUGGAAGGGGUUGCUUGAGCGGGAUGUCUGCAUCGCGGCAACUCUCAUCCAGACCGAGUUCGGAGAACUAAUCGAAUCUAAAAGGCCCCUUGAAGAGCUCGCUUUUCGGCCCAUCCUCGGAAAAGCAGAGCAAUGGUCUGUGUCAGCAGAGUCCCUUACACUCCUUCAACAAGUCUGUAAGCCUUGCACAGACCGAGAGGUAGCAGGUCAUAUGGAGGAACUGUGCUUCACCGAGUUGAGGAAGCUCAAGGUCGAACAGCCGGCGCUGCGGAGUGAUCACCAGUCGGACUGCAGAAGACUGGAGAGACGAAUCAAGGCGUUUCAAAAGGUCCCGCUACCAGACCAUCAUCUGCCAUUGCAUCCGGUCGAUGUUGAGCAAGGGGAAGGCCUCGAGUUUCCUGAAAGCGCGCGGAAAGGCGACGAGGCACUUAUGAAGAGUCUUUCCAAGGAGACAAUCGAAGUCACCAAGGACACACUGAUGUUCUUGGUCCAGAGUCUCAAGGCAGACUGGAGUGACGAUGAGCAGCGUGACCUUAUGGAAAGUAUCUCAACAUACACCGGGCUGAACCGUGUAGAGCAUGUAACCCCUCCGUUGAGCCCUCGAACACACCCCGAAACAGAGUAUUUCGUCCCCGAUGACAAAACUUGUGCGAUCCCGAUUCUAUCCGACCCAAACUCUUCGUUGAGCGCAGAGUUAGAGGCGGUAGAAGGAAAGAUCCUCUCCAAGGACAAUGACUUUUGGAGUGCCAUUGCCUCCCAGCAGCCCAAGUCACCGGACAGAUACGAUGAUAUCGACAUAUCGGGAAUGAUAAGAGCCGGGGAAUUCUCAGUGCCCAAGUCAUCUUCAUCUUCCCCGGAACUGGUACCUCGUGACUUCAAGGUAGAAGUACCUCUGUUGCCAGAUGAUAGCCUCGUUCUUGCGGGCAACGCCCCUUCUCGCGUCCUGCUCCCUGAGGAUCUGGAAAACGCCAAACACCUCAUGACCGGCGACACAAUCCCAGAUGAAGAAGCUAUAUUGGAUGGACAACUGAUCGACUUCUUUGAAGCCACCGCAACAACCGUGAUGCGCUCUGUCGAGCAGGAGCAACUUCAGCCACUCGAUGCAACGACACGAGUCACUGCUCCAGUUAUGGAUUUCUCCAUCCCUGUCCGUGAAUGGGACGAACAGCUUUGGACUCCCCAGGUCAUGUUUGAAUGGAUACGGAAAACAACCGACGUUGACUGGAAGGGCCUGAAGUGGAAAAAGGACAACAUCAAGGAGCAGAGAAUGGUAUGGGUACCCUUAGCCCACAUGGCGGAGAAGCAAUUGGUAUCAGAAGCAAUUGAGGUCGUCCCAAGCGUUCUUGCUUUCUUCCUGGAGGAACCGUGGGAAGGGGAGAUACCAACAAGUGCCGAUUUCGUCAACAAAGAACCCAGACUGUUGUUCCUGCGUAGAAUCGGAGAUGACGAAGACGAACUCCUUGAGGAGAGACUAAGGGAACCCAGUGUCCCCCCAUCAAAGGAGUUGGUUCUCUCAAGCACGAGCACCAAGACAGCCCGUCCUUGCAGUAGGUCAUCCCAGGCCUGUCAGGCUCAAGAAGCUAUGGAUGUAAAGACCAGGCUGAAUAUGUCGCCGUCCCCUCUUGCAAUGUUGAAAUCUCAAGACCUGACAAGCCUUCUGCGUGGAAAGAAGAGACAACUUGACCUUAUCCAACGACAGUCGUCACCAGUUACCGGGCCCCUGAUCCAGGUCAUGGAAAACGCCAACCAUGACACCCCAAGUUCAACAAACGUACUGAAGGGUUUUGAAAACGAGUAUACGGAUUUCAGCUCACUGGUCGAAAACUUUGUCGAGAUGAACAUGCCAAAGAAGGCUAAGCUCAGCCACAGCCGCUUCUUCAGCCGGCCGGCGCUGCCGCAGCCAGAAGUUGCAGCCGUCCCCAACACAAAGCCCACGCAACCCGAGAUCCAACCUGUGCCGGUGGCCAUUCCUGCUCUUUCCCCGGAUAUUGUCCCUCCCAAAACCCCGCCUCGGAUAAUCGUGUCAGCUGCAGUAUCCACUAUUGUCACGAGCCAUCUGGAGAAGCUGCUCCCGGAUAUUGACCUCAUCGUACGUGACUACGAGAGGCUCAGACCAGAAAAUGUGGUCCCCGGUAGCAAGCAGCCAAGCUGCGACGAAGCUGACUUCGUCUUGUCCCCAGCCACAGGGAUCAUGGUCACGACCAUGGUGAAGCUGAGACAGAAACCACUCCCGGCAGCCCCAGGCCAACAACAACAACAGCCGACCUUCCGCAACGUGGUCGAGAACGUAGCAAAGCGCCAUGAACGGCUUAUCGUUUUCAUCUCAGAGGGAAACAAACACAGCGAGACCAUGAACCCGCUCUCCCAAUCCGAUGCCAAAGCCCUCGCCGAGUUCCAGUGCUUCGCAGGUGGGCUACAGGCGCAGACUGACGUGAUGGUCUUUUAUGUUGGCGGAGGCACCGAGACGCUGGCCAAGUGGGUGGCAGCCAUGGUAUGCAAUUAUGGAACGGAAGCUCAAGAGUGGCAGAGCAUACUGCUGCCUGUGGAAACGGGCUGGGAGUUAUUUCUGCGAAGAGCGGGGAUGAAUGUGUUUGCUGCACAAGUCGUUCUUGGGAUGCUCAAGGUUCCUGAUGAAGAGGUUGCGAUCGGUGGUAAGGAGGGUAAGUUAUACGGCUUGCCGGCCUUCCUAAUGAUGUCGAGAGACGAGAGGGCUGAGAAGUUUGCGGAGAUAUUUGGUGGGAGGAAGCUUCUGGAUAGGGUGAGCGCUGUGGUCGAUGACCCGUGGGGAGACGGAAACGUGAUAGAGGUAGACAACGGCGGGUUGGGUCAGGAUAAGGAGGUUGUUGACGUAUUCAGUGAUGAUUUCGAAUUCUCGGGCGGCUUAGGUCCAGAUCACGCUAUGGAGCAAUUCUCUGAUGGGUUUGGCCAAGAUUCUUCGCCAUGGGAGUGAUGAGGGGGCAUGGCUGACAACAUGAAGGACCAGGGCACUCACAUUUGCUGGUUAUAUUCACUUGAAAAGACACGCAUAAUGGACUGCCAUCUGAGACCGGCUACCAAGCACGACCUGCCACAAAGCAGCUAAG